UAUACUUCAUAAAACUUGUUUGUAAGAGCAUUUUCUGUGUUUCAUCAGGACCCGGAACUGCUGAACUGCCACAGUCUUCAUCUGUCAGAGGCGCAUAAACGCUUUCAGUCGCUCAUCAUUCAGGUUCAGGAUUGAUGAUGACUUUGGGUCUGAUCAGUGUUGUGGGCGCGCUGCUCUCGCGCUGUUCGGUGCUCGGGGUCCUCGCGCUCUUCGGUGUGGCGCUCCUGUGCGCGCUCGCGACGCGUCUCGCCUUCAGCAUGUGGAAACGCACCGCGCUGCGAUGCUUCAAUCAACCACCGCAGAGAAACUGGUUACUGGGACACAUGGGGCUGAUGGGUCAUAAUGAAGAGGGACUACAGGCGGUUGAUGAGAUAAUCAGGAAGUAUGUUCAUUCCUGUGCUUGGUAUCUGGGCCCGUUCUACAACAUGGUCCGUCUUUUCCAUCCAGACUACGUCAAAUCCCUUCUUGCGGCCUCUGCUUCUAUCACAUUCAAAGAUGAGCUCUUCUAUGGGUUUAUGAAACCCUGGCUGGGUCAGAGUCUUCUGCUACAGAACGGUCAGGAAUGGUCACGCCACCGUCGACUUCUAACUCCAGCUUUUCAUUUCGACAUCCUCAAAAAAUAUGUUUAUAUAUUUAACCAGUCCACCAACAUUAUGCAUGAUAAAUGGCGCUCUCUGCUGGCGGCGGGACAGAACGGCGUGGACAUGUUUGAACACAUGAGUUCAAUGACUCUGGAUAGUUUACUCAAAUGCACUUUCAGUUGUGACAGUCACUGCCAGGGGAAACCCAGCGAGUACAUCACAGCUAUUUCUGAGCUGUCUAAACUGGUCAUUCAGAGACAGCAUUAUCUUCCUUAUCAUUGGGGCUGGCUGUACUGGCGCUCCGAACAGGGACGGCUCUUCCGCAGGGCCUGUGACAUCGUACACCGCUUUACUGCUAAUAUUGUGCAAGAGCGCCGUGCACAACUCAACCAGCAGGGGUCCGCAAACACCCCUGAUGAAAACCUGGAAUACACAGGAGGAUACCGGAAGAAAGACACAGACCUCAUCGAUAUACUGCUGCUGUCAAAAGAUGAGAAUGGAGAAGGACUCACCAACAAGGAGAUUCAAGCACAUGCAGAUAUGUUCAUGUUUGCAGGUCAUGACACCACGGCCAGCGCUCUCUCCUGGAUCUUCUAUAAUCUGGCCAUGCAUCAGGAAUAUCAGGAGCGCUGUCGGGAUGAAAUCACAUCAGUGAUGCGGGACAGACACACGGACGUCAGCUGGGAAGAACUAAGCCAGCUGCCAUUCACCACCAUGUGCAUCAAGGAAAGUUUGAGGCUUCACCCGCCUGUGCUGGCACUGACACGAUACUACUCACAGAACAUGAAGACACCUGGAGGAUGUGUCAUUCCACCUGGAUGUCUCUGUUUGAUAAGUAUUUAUGGGAUUCACCAUAACCCUGAUGUCUGGACCGAUCCAGAGGUGUAUGACCCCGCGCGGUUCGACCCCGAGAACUCAAAGGGAAGAUCUCCUCAUGCGUUUAUUCCAUUCUCUUCAGGACCCAGGAACUGCAUCGGGCAGAACUUUGCCAUGGCAGAGAUAAAGGUGGUGGUCGCUCGGACUCUCAUGAUGUUCAGAAUUCUGCCGGGACCCAAACCGGUCCGGCGUCUCUAUAACCUGGUUCUGAGAGCAGAAGGAGGCCUGAUGUUAAACCUCGAGAUGCUCAGAGAGUGACAACAAAUAAAAACACACAUGAGAGAAUUUACAGUAAAUCUUGAGUUUUGGAUAUUUGUGUGAAUUUCAGUCUGAAAGUGAAAAAUGUUACUACUGUAUUUCAGCUCUUCCUUUUCAUCCAUUAUUAACCACAGCAGAACUGAACUGUAAUGUCAGUUUACUUUCUUAUUACAUUGUUUAAAGAUUUAUGAGCCAAAGUGUAUUAUUUUAACUCAUGCUACAACAUGUUUUUGUGUUUAUUCACUUUCUUGCGCUGUUAAUGUUGUAAAUGAUGUUGUUUUGAAGUGACACACAUCAUGAUUGUUUGAGCACUUACAAUGAUUUAAUGCAACUGAUAUUUAGGCAUCAUAAGAUUUCUGUUACUUAAACUUUACAUUCAUAUAAAUAAAUAGAGACAAACUGCAACUUCAAGUGAAUGUCCUUUAAUACUA